AUGUACAAAAUCGACGUUCCGAUCGAUUACAAAGAAUCGGCGGCCAUCGAACGACGUCGACAGCAGGAAGAAGAGAGGAAAGCUAGAAUCUUCAAUGCUCGAGUUAGGCAGAUAGGUGUCGAUGAAGAGGUACUCAGCCAGCAAAUCAGGGACAAGAAGCAAAUGCAGGACGCGGAAAAGAGAAGGCAGCAGGCGUUUGAUGCAGAAGCUGUGAGAAACGACAAAAUAGCCCAGUUGAUGGACAGACGAUUGGAGGAAGAUAAAAGAAGAAUGAAUUUUGCACUGAACGAGUUUCGUCUGCAGCAUCAAACAGCUGAAUGUAGAAGGGAGUUUGAUCUCUAUGAUCCACAGGCCCUGAAGAAAGAUCAGCCAGCCCGAGUUAGUGACGAUGGUAGCAAGUAUGGACCUUCCUGUGCUCAGAUGUUCAUGGGGGAAGAUCUCAAUGGAGAGUUACGUAGAAAACAGCAGAUCGAACAAUUGCGUCACUGGACCGAACAGCAAGCUAGAGAGAGGAAACAAUCAGAGGAGAACCAACGACUUGCCGACAAAUUGUACGAGUUGAAAAUGAUCGAGAUGGACCAGCGUGCAGUUGAACUCGGGAAGGCUGAAGAAGAAUGCAGAAAAGCUAUCAAUAAGGCUACCAAGAACUAUAAUGAUGCCUUGCUGCGAGAACAAUUAUUAAAGAAAGAGAAUGAGAGAAGGAGGGAGGAGGAAGAUAAAAGGGCGGAGCUUUCUAAUAAUAUCUACGGGGAUUUCCUGACGGAGAACCCGUUGGUGGCCGUCAGUGCCUUCGGAGGACACCGCGUCGUUCCUGAUAGAUGGAAAGGUAUGACGCCAGAACAAGUGGCAGAUAUCAAAAGAUUACAGGAACUUCAAAUUUUGGAGGCUAAACGUCGCAGAGAUGAAGAGAGAAGGACGCAGGAGGAAGAGGAUCGUCAGCGCCUCAACCAAUCAAAAGUGGCCACAUUGAUGGAGAGAGAUGUGGAGAGGAAGAGGAAGGAGAUGAUGAAAAUGUUGGCGGAUGAGAAUUUGAAACUGGCCAGGGAGCAGCGGUCCAUGCAGCAGUACCUCAAUAAGGAUCUGUACACAAAUGAACCAACCGCAGAGUUCUUUAAACAAUUCAAUACGUCUACAAGAUGA